AUGGCUUUCAACGUCUACUACGCGGCGCUGGGCCGAGAAGACCGCAUGGAUGGCAUCGCCCAGGCCAUAGCCGACAUGACACCCGACAUUGCCGUCAUCACAGAGACUUGGCUACGAUCUCUCCCGGAUUUGCCCAGGACACCAAGCCAGCAAAAUCGAAGCCUGCCCUCUGAGGAGCAGUGGAAGGAGAAGCCGACAAUCCUCGAGAAGAUCAAGCAGAAGACCAACAAAUACUACGCCUUCUGCCUCGGUGGUCCGCAGGAGAAGUGGUGGGACGGAGACAUCCUUUACAGAGCGGACCUCUUCGAAGUCGUGAUGCUGGGCUUGAAGGCUGUAAUCAUUCAGGAACUGGGCACAGUUGCGGUGGUCUGUUGGCACGAAGACAGCAAAGGAAACGAUCACCAAGACUCUUUGCUUCCCCGGAUUGUCGCGCGUGUCGUAGCCGCGCGUAUCGUAGCCAUGUUUGCAUCUCCGAAGCACAAGGACUCCGGCAAGAAGGUCAUCAUCUACGGAGCACACCCCGUAUGCUGCGGCAAUGAGCCCAUCCAUCUCCAGAACGCGCUGGACUUUGCAGAGCAUGCCAAGACGCUGGCAAGUGGAGCAGACGUCGCGCUGUUUCUAACUGCCGGCCUUGCCUUCUCGAGCUCUUUGAGCAUCUGGGCCUGGUCCUUGACUCAAACCAGCGUCGCAACGGCCACUCUGCUCCACAACAUGAUGCCGAUCUUUACCACCCUGGGCGCCUGGUUGUUCUUCCGGCAAACCUGCAGCCGAAAGUUUGUGCUGGGGAUGGCUGUUGCCAUGGCAGGCGCGACAGUUAUCGGCCUGGAGGACUUCCAGGUGAACCGUGGCCACCUUGGUGAUGCGGCCGCGCUGCUGGCAGCGCUCCUUUCUUCCGUGAACAUCCUCGUCGUAAAGCAGCUCCGCCAUCAUUUUGAGGCCCCCACGAUCAUGAUGUGCACCUGCGGAAUUGGCAGCACCUUCUUGUUCAUCCUCCUCCAGGUUCUCGAAGAUCAGGUCUUUCCCAGGACUUCAGUGUCCUGGUGGGCUGUCCUUUGCUUGGCCCUUUUUCCUCAAGCGCUGGGCCAAGGCCUUCUGGCCUACAGCCUCAAGCAGUUUUCUGCCAGCUUGGUGGCAGUCUCUAUGUUAACUGUGCCUGUCAUUGCUGCGAUUCUCGCUCGAUUUCUCUUUGCCGAGCAGCUGACGCUACUGAACUGGGCGGCAUUUGGCGUCGUGCUGCUGGGUAUCUACCUCGCAGUCUCAGAUUCCUGA